AACAACAACAACAACAACAACAACGAAGAAGGGGAGACGGUUAAGCUCACCGCUGCGCGCGCUGCCCGGGGACCUGGCGACACCGCCGGUACGGGAUUUUGUGGGUGGUGCUACGGAUGCGAGGUUGGUGGAGUUGGAGGGGAGGUUGUUAUUGGUUGUGUAUGAUGAGACAAGAGGGAGAAGGGAGGGGAUGGGGAUGGGGAGGAGAGAAGUGUACGCGCAGGUGAUGGUGAAGCUGCGCCUGUGCUUCUGCCUCUCGGACACGACGGACAUGGCGCUGGACCGCAAGAACGCGGCGCUCCGUUUCCCGCCGCUAAUGGGUGCCGAGUUUCGCGCGGAGCUGGCGGGGAGAGAGGCGCCGGCGCUGGUGGUCAUGGCGUGGUGGUGUGUUUUGCUCCAUCGCGUCGAGGAGAGGUGGUGGUUGAAGGGUAGAGUUCGGCCGUUGCUGCUGAAGAUUGAGGAGUUGGUAAUGCCGGAGUAUAGGGUGUAGCGGCGUGGCCUAGGGAGGUGGUGUGUGGUAUGUGACUUACAUAGUAGUAGGUAUGUAAUGGUGAUAGUUGAAAUGAACAGAGAUGAGUAUAGAACUUGGAAGUACCAAGGUAGUACAAGUACAG